CAAAGUGAUUGUUCCUGUUCUCUUUCUUAAGUCAGCUUCAAAUGCUGUCAGCAGGGCUCAUUGUCCAGGGCGCAGGGUGAGCGGCAGGCAAGUGAUGGACAAAUCCUCUUCUGCAAGAAAGAACCCACAUGGUAAAGAUUUGAUGACUUGUUGUGACCUCUGAGAGGUUCUUUCAUUUGCUAUACACACCUACGUUCAACAUGGACCCAAACAACUAUGACUCCAAGAGGACUGAUGACUCCAAUACCAGAACUGUUGAUCUCUCGCACCUUCCUUACACUAUUCCCAAACCCAUCCCGUCUCACCUACCUCUGCCCAAGUACAUUCCGGAGAUGAUUGAUCUCAACAGGCUCCAGUUUCAUCGAGCCCUGAGCAGAUAUGACGCCGUGCAGGUCAAGCAGGAGACGGUGAAGCCCAUGCCGGUAUGGCCCCCAUCCCCCCUCCUGCUCCCCUCUCCUCCUCCUCCCUACUUCCCACCUCUCCACCCGAGCUUGGUCCCAUUCCCCUUCCUCGUGCCUGGCCCCCUCAUGCACCUUUCUCCCGGUCGCUUCUACCCGAGCGAGGCGCUGAGGUACCUCAGACGGAGCCUGGAUGCCCCCAAAGCCGGCAGUGAGAAGCUCGGCCCGAGCAUCCACGUGGACGACAGCUACUACGUGGACGUGGGCGGCGACCAGAAGCGCUGGCAGUGCCGCAUGUGCGACAAGUCCUACACGUCCAAGUACAACCUCGUGACGCACAUCCUGGGCCACAGCGGCAUCAAGCCGCACGGCUGUUCCCUCUGCGGUAAGCUCUUCAAGCAGCUCAGCCACCUGCACACACACAUGCUGACGCACCAGGGCGCCCGGCCACACAAGUGCCAGGUGUGCCACAAGGCCUUCACGCAGACCAGCCACCUCAAGCGCCACAUGAUGCAGCACAGCGACGUCAAGCCGCACAGCUGUGGCGUGUGCGGCCGCGGCUUCGCCUACCCCAGCGAACUGCGCGCCCACGAGCUCAAGCAUGAGCGCGGCCAGGAGAACGUGUGUGUGGAGUGCGGCCUGGACUUCCCCACACUGGCGCAGCUGAAGCGACACCUGACGGCGCAUCGUGGCCCUGCGCAGUACGACUGCAGCGAGUGCGGGAAGAGCUUCCAGUAUCCGAGCCAGCUCCAGAACCACACGAUGAAGCACAAGGACAUCCGGCCCUACAUCUGCAGCGAGUGCGGCAUGGAGUUCGUCCAGUCACACCACCUCAAGCAGCACACGCUCACCCACAAGGGAGUGAAGGAGCACAAAUGCAGCAUCUGCGGGCGCGAGUUCACUCUGCUGGCCAACAUGAAGCGGCACGUUCUCAUCCACACCAACGUGCGGGCCUAUCAGUGUCACCUGUGCUGUAAGAGCUUCGUCCAGAAGCAGACGCUCAAGGCUCACAUGAUCGUCCACUCCAACAUCAAGCCUUACAAGUGCAAGCUGUGUGGGAAGGAGUUCAACAGGAUGCACAAUCUGAUGGGCCACAUGCACCUGCAUGCAGACAGCAAGCCAUUCAAAUGCCUCUACUGCCCCAGCAAGUUCACGCUGAAAGGGAACCUGACCCGACACAUGAAGGUCAAGCACGGCAUCAUGGACCGAGGGCUGGAUGCUCGAGUUUUCAGGCAGCGAGGACGUCUGUGCCUGUCAGACGCGCGCCGACUGCUGUCCCGCUUCAGCCAGGACGAGCCCUUUGACCUGUCCCGGAAAAACCAGCCUCCGCUCCGCCUCUCCCAGUCCGACGGCGAGAGCGUGCGCGGGGGAAGCUCCGGUCGCGAGGAGGACGAGGACAGUCUGUACAGGAUGAGCCAUUACAGCCCCGACCGCUACCAGCCGGGUCUGGGGGAAGCCCCAGAGUCACGAGAGGCUGACGAGGAGGAGGAGGAGGAGGAGGAGGAGGAUGAAGAGGAGGAAGAGGAGGAGGUGACUGUUCAUGUUGAAAAAGAGGAGAACAGCAGCAGACAGUUCUGUAUGGACAAAGAUGACUUCCAGUGUGUACGCUCAGUAUCCGAUGGAGAGCUAUGCACCAUGGGUUCACACAGGGACAGACAUUUAAGCUGGGAAUGAAGGUGUUUAAAGCUCAAAGGAGAAUCAAGCAUAGAUUCUGUGAAAGUCUAUUUUUUCAGCAGUAUUGUAGCAUGAACAAAUGUGCUAAUAAAACAGUAUUUUUAAAGGGAUUCAUGUAAACUUCUCUAAUUGGUUACUUAAAACUUCCGCUCUAACAAUGUUCAUGCAUGGUUUAUCUCGUAUCUUGCAUGAUUUGCCCUUAAUGCAAUUGCUAACAAAUAGAUCAAUGACUCUUUUAUGUACUGCCAGCUUGAUUACAUUUUAUUUUGUUUUAGAAUAACAUGUAAAUAAGUAUUAUAAUAAAUUGUGUUGUGAUUUUAUUUUUCUGUGAUGUAUGGAAAUCCUAAUCUGUAUUUAUAAUUAAUAAAUGUGAUUUUCUACAUUUA